AUGGCCGGUAUAAAAAGAAGUGCUGAUGACUCAGUCAGUUUCGAAGACGAAACUCCCGUUGUUGGAGUGUCACGCUCAAUCUCAGCCUGCAAACUUUGUCGAAAACGGAAAGCAAAAUGUGACAAGGCUUUCCCCAAAUGUGGUCGGUGUCUUCGCAAGGGCGAGGAGUGUAUUGGUUUGGACGCCGCAACCGGAAGAGAGGUACCAAGAUCAUACCUGACCCAUCUGGAGCAGACAGUCGCAAUUUUGCAAGAAAAGCUCAGAAAUGCAGGGAUUGACCCAAACGGCAACCAAUUAGCCCCGACUCCGGCGAGCAAUUCGCCUGCAGCCUCUGCCCCGAGUUCUACUCCUUCCGCGCCCAUGAGUGCCAUGGACCCGCUCUAUAAGGGUGCUAGCAUGAUGGAACGGGUUGAAAGCUCGACUGCGAGGUCCGGCAGCAAGGCGCCACAGUCCUUUUUGGGUGCGUCGUCAGGCAUCUCAUUCGCUAAGCUGAUGUUAGCUGCCGUGAACUUCAAACUACCGGACGAAAAAACGCCCCAACCAACGUCCUCGGCCUCUGCUGGCCCUAAAGUUGUACCCCUGGUGGACCCAUCCAUGUUGAGACACUCUACAUCUGCCGAACCAGCCGUUCUGGCCUCCAAGGAUCAAGCUGUGGAACUCAUGACCAUACAUUUUUCGCAAUCCAACCCUCAGUUGCCAGUUUUGCACCGCGAGGAGUUCAUUGCGCGUUAUUUCCAACCUAUCUAUGGGUCUUUCCCCGAAGGCGUGAGCCUGGCGUCUGAUUCCACUCAGAUAAACUGGUCUUCCCUGAAGCAGAAUAUCCCUGAGUCCGAAACUUGGUACUUCCAAUUCUCCCAAAAGCUGGAGGCAAAGCGUCUUGCCUCACCGCAGACAUCUUUGGAAAUACUUGCAUCUCAAAUAAAGGUGCCACGCAAAUUUCAUAUCCCACUGUACUUCAUGAACUUGGUCUUUGCCAUCUCCUCGGCAGUGUACAACAUGCAGUUCCCUUUCAUGGUGGCUGAGGGCUACAAGGCUGCUGCACUGAGGUUCAUGGACCCUGUUUAUACGUCGUCUGAUCGUCUGGAGUCGCUACAGGCGAUUCUACUGCUUACGCUGUAUUCGCUCAUGAGACCGGCUGUCCCAGGAGUGUGGUAUGUUCUCGGCUCUGCAUUGCGUAUUUGCGUGGAUCUGGGCCUCCACACUGAGACGAGCAUUGUGAAUAAGACUCAAUACGAUGCAUAUACAAUGGAUAUGAGAAGGAGACUUUUCUGGUGCUGUUAUUCGCUCGACAGACAGGUUUGUGUAUACUUAGGAAGACCAUUCGGAAUUCCUGAAGAGAGUGUACACGUUCCGUUCCCUUCUACACUGGACGAUGCCGUGAUUGUCAGAGACAUUAACACUCAUGAUUACUCUGUUCAAAUGAACUCAACGCCAACCUACAAAAUCAUCUCGUUGGCGAUUUUCCAGAUCCGCCAGAUCCAGGCGCAGGUCCAAAGCAUAUUAUAUGACCGCGCAGAGCUUCCGCGUAGGUUCACAAAUCUGGACGACUGGAAGAUGGAUAUCAACCUCAGGCUAGAUGCGUGGCGAGAGAACUUGAAACUGAAGUCAAAAAAGUUCAAUUGUAACUUCAACUUUUUCUUCUUUGAACUCAAUUACCACCACACCAAGCUCAUUCUCAACGGAUUGAGCCCGGGAACUCUGACUCUGACCACACAGAACUUCUUUGUGGUUGAAAAUGCAAGUAAGGAGGUGAUAUCGUCCUACUUCCAGCUAUAUUCCAUGAAAGCCAUCAACUACACCUGGGCUUGUGUCCACAACUUGUUCAUGGCAGGAACGUCCUAUCUCUACGCCAUAUACCAUUCGCCCGAGGUUCGUGAACGCUCGAAUCUCCAGGAAAUUCAACGAGUCACUUUCGAGUGCAGUCUCGUUUUAGACAGCCUGAUCGCCACGUGCGACGCUGCAGCUCAUUGCAAGGACACUUUCGACAUUCUGACGGCUGCAGUGAUCCGACUCCGCUAUACCCAAAACUCGACCCCCCGCAAAAUCCGCAAAAUCCCGGCUGCGUCUGCCAUCGCCAACUCUCAGCCGGGUCAACACGUUCCUGAGCAUUUGAAGGACUUGCUCAACAACUUGCCACAAGACGAAACGCCUCGUGCUGUUUCAACUAUUGAAGAGGAAAGUUUCGAAGACGUGAAGGCAGAAGAAAGUACCCCAGUGCCUCCUAAAAGCUACCAAAACGGAGCCAAUCAACACUCGCGAAACAGCGAGCUCGAAUGGCCAACGGAUGAGCAAGACCUGGACCGAUUCUUUGAGGAAUUGGAUCACCUCGAAUCUCCCGAAUCUAGCAGAUCUUACUGCUCCCCUCGUGGAAGCAACUAUGACCAAAGAUUGUCGUCUUCGGCCUCAGAGCAGCGUCAUGGAGCGGUUCGUCAAUUAAAUGUUCAACCCGGACACUCAGAUCCUCUUCCAUUUUACGGACAAAGUGGCCCCCCACCGCAAGACCCCAAUGUCAAUAUGCAAUCACAUUUUUCCGGGGCCACCACCAACAACUCCCAAAACGGCUUAUACAUCCAGCACCAGUAUGGAAGUCCAUACGAAACGCCUCCAGGUACAGGUUUGGGUCCGGCUCCGAUAGUUUCUGCUGCUUCCUCUUCCCAGGGCCAGUACAGCCCAUACCAGCAGCAAAUAACGUCGCCUGUGCCACGCGGCGCAGCCAAUCGCGAGGGCCACAAGGUGUUCAAAAUGAUCUACCAGGUACCUACAGAGAGCAUUUGGGACCAAUUUUUUGCCACACCAUACAACAAUGAGGCUUUCGAAGAGUGA